GAAUUUCCCAUUUACAACAUAUAGUAUAAUUUUAUUUUAUGUUCUUUUUGAGAGAGAGAGAGAGAGAGAGAGAGAGAGAGAGAAAGAGAUUCAAAUAUGGAGGCACCAAGACAUAGCUGCUUGAAGCUUGAGCUCAAAGACGCCGAUGCAAUCUUCGUCAAAGGGUCCUGGUUCGAUUCUCGAUUCGAACUCUUCCUCACCGAUGGCCAUCACGCUUGGAUUUUCCGCGCGUCGGAAGAGGAGGUGAGAAGCCGAGCGGCACAGUGGGACCAACCUUUAUCGGAGUACGUGGCAUUGGCCGAGCGAUACUUGGGCUUUCAACAGCCCGAUUCACUUUAUGGCUUUGCUGAUGCCGGAGAUGGCCAUAAAAGGUUGUCAUGGUCUUUUGAGAAGGAAGGGACUAAGCUACAAUGGCGGUGGAAAUGUGAACCAGCCCCUGAUAGUAAGAAAACUACAGCAGAGAUAUUGGACUUUCUUAUGGAUGCAAACAUAAGACUAAGUGAGGAAGUUGUCAUAAAAACUCAAUCUUUUGAGAGAUUGAAAGUGGAAGCUGAGAAGUCUUUGGCACAGAGUGAGAAGAUUAGCAAGGAGAAAGUGGAGUUUGAAUCUGCAUUAUAUGCAAAGUUUCUCAAAGUCUUGAAUUCGAAGAAAGAAAAACUCAGAGAUUUGCGAGAUCAGCUUACAGAACAGGGUGCUGCUGUUGGGAAAUUGCCACAAGAAGAGGAAGAUGAAUUCACAGACACAACUAAAAGUUUCGAUGAUAGAAGUGAUGAUGAGAAAAGUGAGGAAGAAUCUUCGAAGAACAUCACAUGCACUUUAAAGGAUGCUCAGACAAGCAGGCCUCGUGGCCGAAAGAGGACCAUGCGGAAUUAGAGUUUCCUCUUUGUGUAGAUUAUCCAACAGUCUUAUGUCAAUACCAACACUGCUUCAUAACUAAUGCAUACUUUAGAAUAUGUAUUGUUAGGUCCUUUCUCAACACCAACACUGCAUCAUAACUAAUGCAUACUUUAGAAUAUGUAUUGUUAGGUCCUUUCUGUAUAUAUAUUUCUUUGGAUAUUGACAAGCUCUUUUUUUUUCUUUUAAUGUUGUGAUCAAGAAUUCAAAGCUAUUUAUUUAGUUUCACUUCA